AUGCAUGCGGCAGUGACCGGCGGGACGGGCUUUCUGGGGGCAAACCUUGCGCAGGUGCUGGAGGCUAGUGAUGCCGUGGCCCAGGUGACGGUCUUUGGUCUCCCGGGCUCCGAGACGCAAUACCUUGCGCCGUGCGCCAAGGCCACCUUUGUGGCCGGCGACAUCACCGACGCCGAGGAUGUGGCGGCUGCGCUCGCGCCGCGACCGCCGCCAGGUGGGGGCAAUCCGGUCCCGAUUGAUGUUGUCUUCCAUCUUUGUGGCGACACUUCGUUCUGGAAGCCGCUCUACGCCCGACAGGCCGCCAUCAACAUCGGCGGGACCCGCAAUGUCAUCGCCGCAGCGCGUGCAGCAGGCAUCCCGCGCCUGAUCCACACCUCGACCGCCGAUGUCGAGCUCGAGCCGAUGCCGGCCGACUACAACUAUGGCGAGACCAAGAGAGAGGCCGAGGCCGAGGCGCUCGCCGCCGACUCGCCGCUGAUGUGUGUUGUCGCGCUCCGGCCCGGCAUGCUCGUCGGCCCGUACGACUUUACCCUCCAGUUUGGCCGGCUCUUCAUCAACCUGGCCGCCGGCGACGUGCCGGCCAUUCCCUGCGGCGGAACGUCGGUGGCAUGCGUUCGCGCGGUGGCGGCAGCACACCUCGCGGCAGCAACAGCACCAGCCGAUCUUGUGGGCGGCCGCGCUUUUGCGCUCGGAGGCCACAACGUGUCGUACGCGGAGGUCUUUGCCGCCAUCGCCCGCCGAGUCGAAGUGCCGCCACCACGAUGCGUGCUGCCGCAGUUUGCGCUCGUUGGCUAUGCAUGGGUUGUCGAGCUGUGGGCGACUUGGGUGAGUCGCGUGCACCCGGAGCUCAAUCCCGGUCAGGCGCGGUACAUGUCCAUCUCUCAUGAAGUCGACUCCAGCGGGGCUGCAGCCGCGCUUGGCUACACCGUCCCAACGCUGGACGACAUCCUCGACUCGGCCCACGAGUGGUAUGUGGCGAAUGGGUUCAUGUGACACAUACUACUCUUUCGUUCCCUUGGUCUCGAGGAAGACCUUGCGGUGGUAGAGUGCGUUGAGCUCGGACGGGUCGAGCUUGAUCUCCUUUCGCCAGCCCAUCGACGCCGAAGGGUCAACCUCCCCGAUUUCGGGUAGCUGGCGCUCCGCCAUGCGCGCCGCCGCCGCGGCUCGUACCGUCUCG